AUGACUGAUGACGAAAAUCAAGCUAGCGAUCCUUCACGCAAGCAUUGUGGUUCCGCGCUCCAUUCGGGCCCACGCAAAAAAGGGCAAGUCAUAUUUCACUUGGUUCACAGUACCUUCCUCAUUGUCUUGCACAGGACUUCAUCUAACCCCCUUGCUCUUCACGGCCGGCAUUUUGGUCGGACAGUGUUUGCCCUGUGCAAUUAUCCUGCUCUUCUGACUGCCGGUAUACUGCGACUUGAAGACUUACAGGACUCUCCCAUCGAAGAUUAUCCAGCGGACGUUCAACGCGAACAUAGGGUGUUCAUGGAAUUAAUAGAUUCUUACCCUGGUCUUUUAGCUCGUUUAACGGACGGCGAUGAGGAGGAUAUUAUUCACGUGGGAGAACUGCUAGGUAAAGGAGCCUCUGGUGCGCGAGGCGACGACACAAAGACCCUAAAAUCUGCUGUCCUCGAGUGGCUUGUGCCCAGAGGACAGCCACUCAUACCGCCCCUCUCCCGAAAUAUGAAGUCGGACCGUGGGUUCAACCAUGAAGUAACCGGCAGAUUGCUCUGCCCCGCGGGCCUUGACUGGUCAAACGCAGAAACCAAGCAGAGUCUGAAGAGCGGUGAAAUUGCCGUCCGUGGUGAUCAAUGGCCCGUAUUCUUAUAUUCUGGAUACGAGUAUGAUCCUGAUGAUCCAUGGAAGGGUUUACUCAAAAGUGAGAUACUAAUUUUCGGCUUUAAACACGUCUUUACAUCUCCGAGCUCGGUGGAUAGGGAGCCAAAGGCUAUGCGCUCUGGUAAUGCUUACUUGCAUGGUAUGAAAUCCGUGACUAAAGGUUCUCUAGCUUAUAUUGCUACCCAGAUUCAGUUUUCCUUAAGUUCGUUGUCGGUGUUUUCACGUACUGACACAGUUACGGACUCGGAAAUUUUUUAUCAUAGUAUUCUUGACUUACUAGAGGAUCCUGACGAGAUUGAGGAAGUUACUGACUUGAUGACGUGGUGGACAAGUCGCGUGUUUCCUAAUUCUUCUUCACAGCGCACUAUAAGCAAAAACAGUGCGCUGUUCAAGAUUUGA